ACAAAGAGCCCUACGCUUUCUUUUCUUCACACACUCCUUCAAAACAAUGGCCUGAAUCUUCGAAGAACCCUAACAAACACUCUCAUUAUCGGCGCUCGCCCUUUCUCUUCUGCCGCAAUGCCUCCGUCGGUGCUCCCUUUUCCAGCGCUCCCACCGUCGCUAAAUUUUAUAUGAAAACUUUUGUUUCAUUUUUUGUUAAAUGACUUUUCUUCUGUAUUUAUCAUUUUUGUUUAUUUCUCUUUGGAUCUUCUGUAUUUAAUGUUUUUUACUAGAGUCCUUAUUCAGUUCGUGCACAACUUUUGUUGAAUUACUUUCCUAUUGGUCCUGGGAUUUUUUAAUCUAAACAGAACCGUUGGAAGUUGUUAUGUAGUAUAUGCGGUGUAUCUUAUGGUGCUUGCAUCCAAGUAAGUAGUUUGGCUUUUGAGCUUUCAAUAGAAGAGUACUUUAAGUAAGAAUUUUCUAGUUAGAGCACUGAAUCUCUAUUAAGGCACUAACUGAAUAAUAAAGAACAACCAGUUAGGGGUCAAAUGCACAAUCAUGUGCAUGAUUUUUUUUUCUUUUUCUUGAAAGACUCUAUGCGAGACUUAACCGUAUUUUUCUCUAUUUCAAAUAUCAAUUCUGCAGUGUUCAAACAAUUCUUGCCGAGUAGCAUAUCAUCCACUUUGUGCUCGUGCUGGGGGUCUUUGUGUUGAGGUAUUUCUCCUUUGUUCUUAUUCAAUAUACCAUGUUCUAUUGAUUACUCUGUUUGACAGCGUGUGGUGUUGGCUUUGCUACUGUUGGAGUAAACCCUACUGUUAUGGGAGUUGGCCUGGCAUUUGCUAUUCCAGUUGCAGUGAAAUCUGCUGGUCUUGAACCUUGUGACAUUGCCUUGUUUGAAAUCAAUGAGGCAUUUGCAUCUCAAUUUGUUUAUUCCUUCAAGAAAUUAGGACUUGAUCGUUACAAGGUCAAUGUAAAUGGUGGUGCUAUUGCUCUAGGUAUCCUUUGGGCGCUACAGGUGCACACUGUGUUGCAACUCUAUUGAAUGAGAUGAAAUGUCGUGGCAAUCGAUUUGGUGUAAUCUCAAUGUGCAUAAGUGAUUUCUUCUAUCGGCCUUCUUUCAUCAACUCAAAU